AUGGAUACCGCCAUGGCUUCGAGCGACCAGCCGCAGUCGCAAUCCAACGGCUACGGGGGGCCACCAGCUGCGAAUGCGACAAACCCAAUUUCAGCAUCACCGCAGCACACGCAGGCACCACCGCGCCCAAAUCCUAUGCCCAACAACCAAACACCAGGCCACCCAAGUUUCAGAAGUCAAAACCGCAUAAUUGCUAACCAGAUACCAUGUUAUCCACAGACAUGCCAUGCAAGAAAGGUGCGAUGCGAUGCCGCCAGUUUGGGAGUGCCAUGCACAAACUGCGUGGCUUUCUCUAUAGAAUGCCGGAUCCCGACACCCAAACGAAAGAAGACUGCUGUUGCGGGAAAGGCAAAGGAUUCUGAUAGCGAUCGAGGAGACACCAUCGAAGACGGCAGGUCUCCAGGGAAUGACUCCCCCACGACUAAUGAACGAAGUACAAGCGCAUUUACUGCUACUGUCGCAGAUGGCACGCCUCCUACGUCCCUCACCGACGCUCAGUAUCGCCAGAGGGCGGAGGAUGAUGGCAUGUAUGCCCAAUUUAUGAAGCCGAAGUUCACAAGGGCUCCGAUCAAGGAAGCGGGCAGAGUGGCAUAUCUGGGAGAAUCUUCGAAUUUGACAUUACUGGUUCAUGAUAGACACGGAAUGUCAGAUGUGGUCCAUUACCCUUUACCGGAGAAUGUGAGAGGCACUCGUGCAAGGUUGACAGAGUUGGACAAUGUGGAAAUCGACAUCUUGCAUCAGCGAGGCGCUUUCUUACUUCCUCCGAGAGGUCUUUGCGAUGAGCUUGUCGAUGCCUAUUUCAAAUGGGUUGCCCCGAUCGUCCCUGUUAUAAAUCGAAACCGUUUUAUGAAACAAUAUCGAGAUGCGAAGAACCCUCCUUCGCUGUUGUUGCUGCAGGCUAUGCUCCUGGCAGGAUCCAGAGUGUGCACCAACCCACAACUUAUGGAUGCAAAUGGGUCGACGACACCGGCUGCGUUGACUUUUUACAAGCGGGCGAAAGCUCUUUACGAUGCCAAUUAUGAAGAUGAUCGUGUUACUAUCGUCCAAGCUCUCGUUCUCAUGGGAUGGUACUGGGAAGGUCCGGAAGAUGUUACUAAGAAUGUAUUCUACUGGAGUAGAGUUGCUACAAUUGUCGCCCAGGGCUCAGGUAUGCAUCGAAGCGUUGAAGGUUCACAACUCAACAGGGCCGACAAAAGACUUUGGAAGCGGAUUUGGUGGACCCUUUUCACUCGCGAUCGAUCAGUUGCUGUCGCUCUAGGCCGCCCAGUUCACAUCAAUACUGACGAUUCUGAUGUCGAAAUGGUUUGCGAGGAGGAUUUCAUCGAGGACGAAGGCGACGAGUUUCCUCCGGAUCCCUUCCAUGUUCAAUUUUUCCUCCAAUACGUUAAGCUGUGCGAGAUUAUGGGACUGGUGCUCUCGCAGCAGUAUUCCGUGGCUUCAAAGGCCCGUCGUCAGAAUGCUAUUGACCUCACUCACAGUGACAUGGCUCUGGCAGACUGGCUUCAGAAUUGCCCAAAGGAGGUAUCUUGGGAACCGAAUCGACCUCACUUCUGGUCUGGCUUGCUCCAUUCAAAUUAUUACACCACUCUUUGCUUGUUGCACCGAGCGCAUAUGCCCCCCGCGACCAACAGAGCUGCAGGAUGGGAAGACAAUGCGUAUCCAUCUCGAAAUAUUGCCUUUCAAGCGGCUGCAAUGAUCACCUCGAUUAUUGAAAACCUCAGUGCGCACGAUGAACUCCGAUAUUGCCCAGCAUUCAUCGUGUACAGUUUGUUCUCUGCGCUCAUCAUGCACGUGUAUCAAAUGCGGUCGUCGGUGCCUUCAGUUGUGCAAGCAACUCAAGAGCGAUUGCGGAUUUGUAUGAAUGCUCUGAAAGAUGUUUCGAAAGUGUGGUUAGUUGCAAAGAUGGUUUAUACACUUUUCGAGUCUAUUCUGGGCAACAAGGUCUUGGAAGAGCGACUUCAGAAGGCAGCUGGCAAGCGUCAUAAGAAAAUGGCCCAGAAUUUAUCUCAAGGCAUAGCUCAGAUCAAGAAGGAAGAUUCGGGAAAGCGAAAGUAUGAUGAUAUGGCACUUGACUUUGGUGUAAAUAGCGGACCAGCUCCUCAAGAGUCGUACGAACGAUCUCGACCGCAAACUCCGAGUCACACACCUUCACGUGAGCAAGCUGGUGGCCCGAUGGCACCUCCUAUCUCAUCUCCCAACGGUAGACAUAACACAGACACUUUUAUGGGUGGUACAAACUCUCGACCUCACACCAGACCUCCCACGCCUUUCAAUCCGUCAUUCUCUGUACCCGCCACGCCUCCAGAUCUCUACCUCGUAACCAGAAACUCCCCUAACCUUUCGCAAUCCAUCUGGGAGAACUUCCAACCCGAUCAGCUCUUUCCCGAAGGCUCAGCAAACAUGCACGCAAGCCAAUUCUCACCACCCCAAACCCACCACAACCUAGACCCGAACCUAAUGCAACCACACAUGAACGUCUCUCCACAACAAAUGCCAACCCAAGCCCAAGGCGGGCAGCUCCCACAACGAAUGCGCGGUGCUGCUCCGGGUAUGGGCGGUAGUCCACAGAUGCUCCAGCCUAGUGUCGCGGGAUACCAGGCGGCGCCACAUAAUGUGUGGCAAGGGGGAUUUGAUCCGAAUAUUGCACCGGGUGAUCAUGGACAUAGUCCAAGUGAUACGAUAAGUAAUGCUAGUGCGCAGGCCGUGCCUAUGACUAUGAAUGUUGAGGAUUGGUUUCAAUUCUUUGGCAUAAAUGGUGAUUUGAGCGGGAUGAAUGGCGAUACUACGCCUCUCGUUUAA